ACGGGAAGCGUAAUUCGCUAAGCCAAAUAAUCAGUACACAUUUGCUCGUCUCGCGUAUUAGUCGUUAAAUUUUUGUCUGAAAGUUAAUGUACAUUAAUUGGUUGGAUUUUUUUUAAUAACCCACAGUUAAUUCGGUAAUACAUUGCAGUGCCGGCUUCCAUGAAAUGCUGCUCCUUUUCUUGCUGAUAGGUCUCUCGUCUGGAGUGCCGCUUGACGAGAAAUGCGGUUACGAUAGUUGCACGGCCGCGGAGGCCGGGGUGUUGAACGUUCACAUAGUACCGCACACACACGACGACGUCGGCUGGCUCAAGACCGUGGAUCAAUACUACUAUGGAAGCAAGAACGACAUUCAGAAAGCAGGUGUCCAGUAUAUCUUGGACUCUGUCAUUAAAGAACUGUGGCAGGAUCCUAAACGAAGGUUUAUAUAUGUGGAGACAGCGUUCUUCUGGAAGUGGUGGACUCUUCAGAGUGACGACACUCGCCACAAGGUCCACACCCUGGUCCGCCAGGGCCGGCUGCAGUUUGUAGGGGGAGCCUGGAGUAUGAACGACGAAGCCGCCUCGCACUAUCAGAGCACCAUCGACCAGUUUACUUGGGGCCUCAAGAAGCUGAACGAUACGUUCGGCGCGUGUGGGAUCCCACGCGUGGGAUGGCAGAUAGAUCCGUUCGGCCACUCCAGGGAGUUCGCAUCUCUUUUAUCCCAGAUGGGAUACGACGGCUUGUUCCUGGGACGGAUCGACUACCAGGAUAAAGGAUCUCGUCUGAGAGACAAGAGGAUGGAGAUGGUGUGGAGGGGAGACGACCAGCUCGGUAACUCGUCGGAUAUAUUCACGGGUGUUCUGUUCAAUACCUACUCACCGCCGGCCGGCUUCUGUUUCGACGUGCUCUGCAACGACGAGCCGAUCAUAGAUGAUGUGAACUCGCCCUUAUAUAACGUCGAAGAUAGAAUGGCAGCGUUCAUAAGGAAAGUGUACGGUAUGUCGGAAUCGUAUAAAACCGACAACAUCUUGGUGACUAUGGGAGACGAUUUCCAGUACCAAGACGCUAACAUGUGGUUCAGUAACCUCGAUAAACUGAUAGCAUAUACAAAUCUAAAGGCCGCCAAGGACGGCUUGAACAUUAAACUGUUCUACUCCACGCCCGAUUGUUAUCUGAAAGCCGUUAAAGAUUCGAACCCGACUCUGCCUACUAAACAGGACGAUUUCUUUCCUUACGCGAGUGACCCCACCGCCUACUGGACGGGGUACUUCACUUCGCGACCGACUACCAAAUACUUCGAGAGACUCGGCAAUAGAUACUUACAGAUGGUAAAGAAUCUACAAGUGUUGGCCGGUUUGGAAGAACACAACAAAUUUGUUAUAGACGAGCUGAAGAGUGCUAUGGGUGUGAUGCAACAUCACGACGCCAUAACUGGCACAGAAAAGCAACACGUGGCUCACGACUACGAGAGGUUGCUGGACAACGCUGUCGAGGACGCGUUGCUGGUGGCGAGGCAGGGAAUCAGUAAAUUAUCUAAAUCCGAAAAAUAUCAAUUCAAUUACGAGAGAUGUCGUCUGAACGAGUCGAGCUGCGCUACGAGCGAGGACAGCCAACAGUUUGUGGUGACUGUGUAUAAUCCACUCGGUUGGAAUACCCUUGAACCGAUACGUAUCCCAGUCCUUGACGGAGAGUACGAGGUUUACGCACCAAAUGGAGAGAAAGUAACCUCCCAGCUGCUAGACAUACCGAACCCGGUUAGGAAAAUACCGACCAGGAAGUCCGGAGCCACCCACGAGCUCACCUUCAUAGCGAAACUGCACCCGCUGUCGAUAAAAUCGUUCUUCAUCAAGAAGAUGCAACGAACAAGACGAGGAAUAGAUUACCGGAGUAUAAAAAAUUACUGGAGUAAUAUCGGCAGCCCGUAUAUAGUGGAGAAUAUUGAUUACGUAGAUAAUAUUGGGACCGAUAAAAUUGUCGUGCCCUCGCAUGUGAGCGGAACUGGAAGCAAUAUUAAUUUUGAUGUGCUGACGGAUGAGGAUUUGAAUGUGGGUAGAGCGGAGAAUAUGAGGAAUAGAGAUAAGGUCCCGAGGAACAUGGAGAAGAUGAGACAUCCGAGUUUGACUGACGAGGAAUACAGACUGCUGGCGGACGAACCGAGCGUCGUGCAGAGAAGUGAGGAGUAUUAUUUGGAGAAUGAGUUCCUGAAACUCCGUUCUGAUGAUACAGGCGUCACUCACAUGAUUUUACCGGACAGAACAACCAACCUCAGGAUACAGUUCCACUAUUGGACCGGAUGUUCCGGCGACAAUACCAACACAACGACGCGAUCUUCCGGCGCGUACAUUUUCAGACCGGAAACGGAUAAACCGUAUCCGUUAGAAUAUAACAGUAAUAGAAUAGUUAAAGGGGAAGUAGUUCAGGAGAUCCGGGCGGAGAGUGACACGGCGUCGAGUACGUUCAGGGUGUACGGCGGGCUGCCGUUCAUAGAGCACGACUUUGUUGUCGGACCGAUACCCGUGGACGACAAAGUCGGCAAAGAAUACGUCAUCCGAUACGACACUAAUGUCGGCAACGACGGCGUCUUCUUCACGGACAGCAACGGAAGACAAGUUCUCAAGAGGAAGUUGAAUGAACGGCCCCAGUGGAACCUCACGUUAGCGGAGCCGAUCGCGGGGAAUUAUUACCCGGUGACGAGCAAGAUGUUCUUAGAGGACGGGCAUACGAGAAUCACGGUGUUGGUGGACAGGUCCGAAGGGGGCACGUCGCUAGUGCAGGGCGGCAUAGAGCUGAUGGUACAUCGUCGACUGUUACACGACGAUGCAUUCGGAGUGGGAGAGGCUCUGAACGAAGUAGCCCAAGGUGAGGGACUGGUUGUAAGGGGGAGACACAGGCUCCUCAACCUGAAUCCUAACGACGAACAAGAAACCCUGAGCGAAAAGAAGUAUGCUCUGCAAACGCACUACGAGCCGAUAGUGUUUGUAUCGAAAGCAGAGCAUAUAUCCUUCGAGAGCUGGCUAAAACUGAGUAAUUGCUUCAAAGGCAUGAAGCAGCUCCCGGACGGAGUUCACCUCCUGACGCUGGAGACCUGGAGAGAUAAAAUACUCUUAAGAUUCGAGAACUACAUCGAUAGGGCUGUGCAAGUCGACUUUAAUAUCUUCAACACGAUUAAGAUUAAAUCGGUGAAAGAGACAACCCUAGCGGCUAACCAAUGGCUGGAGGAUCAUACCAAAUGGAAUUGGAACAUCGAAGGUGAAUUCCAAAAUUCCGAUUCCCAACCAAAUCCGAUUCCAGACGAUUUGACAGAUCUCAAAUGUACACUGAAAGCUAAACAAAUAAGGACCUUCGUAGCUGACUAUGAAUUAAAUGCUUAAUGAUA